GCGUCAUAUAUCUUAGUGAGGUGGUAUUAUACCACCCUCCCCGCACACUAUACACACCAUCUACGUUCUAAACCAUCCGCAGCUAUUUUUCUUCGGAUGGUUUUGAUUAAGUACUUGCUGUGCCGCGGUGUUCCCAGAUCUGUGCCCGGGUGCUGCAUAAUGACCUAGUUAUUACUAAGUCUAUAUAACAAUUGGAUCAGUAAGGGACGCUUAGUAUACCUAUUUGGGUAAUCAAGUAAGGUGAUAGCGGGCCGUGGGUAGAGUAGACCAGUCUUGAUAAUGGAAUCGGCCGAUCUUGCUUCAUAUCCGACUCCUCGGACUGAUAUGUAUUCCAUCUUGUCCGAUUGGAUUGGUGGUGGGGAUACCUGCUUGAUCGCAUACAUAAUAGCAUAUGCUGUGCACUCUGCGUCUGGAACCUGUGUUUCAAUUAACUGGCUCGUUGCCGACUUGUCCCCUAUUCCCCCUUGCCGAGAAUCCUGCCUCGCACUGAAUCUCGCUACCCGCGGGGUCCACAGUUCCGUAACGGCUUUUUAUCCCUAGCAAAAUAUCAUAUCCUGCGAUGCAAUAUUAAGAACAGAGGGAGGUGAAUGAAGGACAUGGACAAAGACGUAUGAUUUCAUUGUCUGUGUUUUUGGGCAGUUAGAGUGUUGUAACGGAAUACAUCAGCAACUACCUAGGUAGAUAGCCGUUCUCAUCUGCUUCGCUUGACAGCCUUAUGAGAGGCUCCUCGUCAUCAUGGGGUUCCUCCAAACGAUAUUCGAUCACUUGUCCAUUCAGAUCUUGCUCGUAAUCAUCGUCGUGGUCUUUGCGCUACUAAAGAUCAUUGGUAGUAUCGAUGAAGAGACUAAACUACGACGAUUGGGGGCGCAUGGCCCCAGGCUCAAGAGUAACAUGCCCUUUGGCUUUGAUAUAAUCAAGAAGCAAGUCGUCGCGACCAUGAACCAUAAGAACUAUGAGGUAUUCCUCGAACUCUUAGGUGAUGCCCCCGACUACACAGCUGAAGGGCGGGUGCUCGGGAAGCGCCUUGUCACAACGGCCGACCCGGAGAAUAUCAAGGCCCUUCUAGCCACGCAGUUUGCCGACUUCGGCAAGGGAGAGCAAUUCCAUAGCGAGUGGAAUGAGUUCCUCGGCGAUAGUAUCUUUGCUACUGACGGCCAACUUUGGCAUGACAGUCGCCAACUCCUGCGUCCUCAAUUCUCGCGUGAACGAAUUAGUGACUUGCAUUGCUUCGAGUCCCAUCUCCAGACUUUCUUCAAGGCCGUCGCUAACGGUGGUGUCCUGAAUGGUCCCGACCAGCACGUCGAUACCGAGGCCGGCAAUGGCAAGCCAUUUGAUAUCAGCGAACUCUUGUUCAGGUUUACCCUUGACGUUGCCACAGACUUCCUGUUAGGGAUGGAUGUCCAAUCUCUUACCACCCCACGCCAGCCCUUCGCCGACGCAUUCAACGAAGUACAGCGCGUGCAAAACAUCCUCGCCCGCGCCGGCCCCCUCCGUGCCUUCGUACCCCUAGGUUCUUUCCGCCGCGGUCUAAAAGUAGUCAACGAGUUCUGCGGGACCUACAUCGACCGCGCACUCCGGCUAACCCCAGAAGAACUAGCAACACGCACCAAAUCCGACCAAGACUACACCUUCCUGCACGAACUCGCAUCCUUCACACGCGACCGCAAAGUCCUACGUGACCAACUCGUCGCCGUCCUCCUCGCAGGUCGCGACACCACAGCCGCCACGCUGUCCUUCGUAUUCUACGAACUCGGUCGACGACCGGACGUAGUCCGCAAACUCCGGCGCGAAAUCAUCGAGCGCGUGGGCUUGGAGCGCACACCUACGUACGCGGAUCUCAAGGCGAUGAAGUACCUGCAGAACGUGAUUAAUGAGACGCUGCGUCUGUACCCGUCGGUUCCGUUUAAUGUUAGGACCGCGCUGCGUGAUACUACGCUGCCUAGGGGUGGUGGACCGGAUGGCUCGUUGCCGAUGCCGUUGCUGAAGGAUACGCCGGUUGGGUACUCGACGUUGGUCAUGCAGCGCCGGACGGAUUUGUACCCGCCUGCGUCGGAGAAGUUUGCGGAUCCGGGGGAGUUUAGUCCGGAACGGUGGUAUGAGUGGCAGCCGAAGCCGUGGCAGUAUAUUCCGUUUAAUGGUGGGCCGCGGAUCUGUAUCGGGCAACAGUUCGCGCUGACGGAAAUGGCCUACGUCCUGACACGCAUCUUCCAGCGAUAUGAGCGCGUAGAAAGCUUCAUGCACGAGAUUGACGGCGGGAAUCCCAAGCUCAAGGCCGAGAUUGUCAUUCAGCCUGGCGAUGGUGUCAAGGUCGCAUUGUGGGAAGCUAAGAAAUAACGUUCUUUUCUCUUUCGCUCUUUGAUUUCAACAAAAUAAGAGGAACGAAGAUAUGAGAUGACGGAGAAAGGAAUGGCAAAGAAAAUGAUGGGGGAAGACUAGCUGGCAAUAGCCGCUCUUUUCAGAGGCCCAAUUUCAACUGGCCCGUUUUACGACAGAACGAAUCAUGACAUGGAUGCAAAAUUGGUGUAAAUAGCAAGGUAUUUGUGGAUGUGUAUCAAUAGUUUUGGCUUGAGGACAUGAAUGACUUGACGAUUCAUAACAGUAGCAAACAUAACUCAACUUAGCUUCUUGGAAGUUGUCCGAUGUUUGGAAUCUGGGGGGUCCAUGGCUAUUUGACCUCGCUGAAACGCCUCCGUCGUAAUUGAAUGUCACU